CCCAGCCGGAUCGGGACGCGUACUUUUAGUUUCUUUAAUCGUUUUCAUUUUUUUACCCGUUAGAGAGAGAGAGAACAGUGUUCAGUGCGGGGUAUCGGACCGGUGAUACAAAAUUUAGGUGAAGGUUUCUCGGUCCUCUCAUCCGUGAUCCUAUCUUCCGUGGUUCUCGCGGAGUUUCGGGAAACAGUGAUUAAACGGGCGAGUGAUUACAGAGACUAGCCGGUGAAUCGAGGUGGACCGAGGCAGAAACCGAGUGGAAUUUCGACCAAGAUGGGCACGCCUGCGAUCGGGACGAUCGCCACCUUGGUCGUCGGCAUCGCGUUUAUGGUUUCCGUCGCUCACGCUGCUCUGGCUAGGACGGCUUUCGAGAAGUUGACAGACUACGAUUACCGUGGGACGACUUACUAUAGCGUGAGAAAUCUGUCUCUGUACGAAUGUCAAGGCUGGUGCCGCGAGGAGGCCGAAUGCCAAGCCGCGGCGUUCUCCUUCGUAGUGAAUCCUCUGGCGCCGAUGCAGGACACCUUGUGUCAGCUACAAAACGAGACCGCGGCUACGAAUCCAGCGGCGCAGCCGCAACGAGCCGCGAACAUGUAUUAUAUGACGAAGCUUCAGAUCAGAUCAGAGAACGUUUGCCUGCGACCGUGGUCAUUCGAACGCGUCCCGAACAAGAUGAUCCGCGGACUGGACAACGCUCUGAUCUACACUUCUACGAAGGAGGCCUGUCUCGCCGCCUGUCUGAACGAGCACAGAUUCACCUGUCGCUCCGUCGAAUACAAUUACGUGACGUUACAGUGUCACCUGAGCGACUCCGAUCGAAGAACAACCGGCCAGUACGUGCAAUUCGUCGACACACAAGGCGUUGACUAUUUCGAAAAUCUCUGUCUAAAAGGGAAAGAAGCGUGCAAGGCUCAGAGGGUUUAUCAAAUGCCGAGAAUCGGCGUAGCCGACGACAAGGUGGCGCAAUAUGCAGGUUUGCACUAUUACACGGACAAGGAGCUGCAAGUACAGAGCGAGUCGGCGUGCAGAUUGGCUUGCGAGAUCGAGAACGAGUUCCUCUGCAGGUCUUUCCUUUAUCGGGGCGCGCCCCAAGGAUCCGCAUACAAUUGUCAGCUAUUCCACCUGGAUCACUGGACCCUUCCAGACGGACCCUCGACCUACCUGAACGCAGAACGACCCCUAAUCGACAACGGCGAGAGAGUCGGGACCUAUUUCGAGAACUAUUGCGAAAAGGGUACGGGUCCAGUCGCGGAUCCCUUGCCAGUCGUUUUCGAGACCACGGAAGAUCCGACGAUAAACAACCUGACGAGGAACGAUAUCAAUUGCGACAAAACUGGCACUUGUUAUGAUGUGUCAGUCGAUUGCAAAGAUACUCGGAUCGCGGUUCAGGUUCGCACGAACAAACCGUUCAACGGCCGCAUUUACGCUUUGGGCCGUUCCGAGACCUGCAACAUCGACGUGAUCAACAGCGAUCUCUUCAGGCUCGAUCUGACCAUGAGCGGGCAAGACUGUAACACUCAGAGCGUGACUGGGAUAUAUUCGAACACGGUCGUCCUUCAACAUCACUCCGUGGUGAUGACCAAGGCCGACAAGAUUUACAAGGUGAAGUGCACCUACGACAUGUCCUCAAAGAACAUCACCUUCGGGAUGAUGCCGAUUCGAGAUCCGGAAAUGAUCAGCAUCACCAGCGCACCGGAAGCCCCUCCGCCAAGGAUCCGAAUCCUUGAUAGCAGGUCUAGAGAAGUGGAGACCGUCCGUAUCGGAGACAAGCUAACAUUCAGAAUCGAGAUCCCAGAAGACACUCCUUACGGAAUCUUUGCUCGAAGCUGCGUCGCCAUGGCUAAGGACUCCAAGAGCACGUUCCAGAUCAUCGACGACGAGGGCUGUCCCGUGGAUCCGUCGAUCUUCCCGAGCUUCACGCCCGAUGGUAACGCUCUUCAGUCCGUCUACGAGGCAUUCAGAUUCACCGAGUCCUACGGCGUGAUCUUCCAGUGCAAUGUCAAAUACUGUUUGGGACCUUGCGAACCGGCUGUGUGCGAGUGGGGACGCGAAUCCGUGGAAUCGUGGGGCAAGAGGCGCCGAAGAAGCAUCUCGAACGGCACGGAGGAAAAGGCGGAGGACAUGACGCUGUCCCAGGAGAUCCUCGUCCUCGACUUCGGCGACGAGAAGCAGUCGGACUUUUUCAAGAGCGACGCCAGUAUAGACUUCAACGAAGCAGACAAGACGGUGACCAUAGUGGAGCCCUGCCCGACGAAGACUUCGGUUCUUGUUUUGGGUGUGACCUGCGCCCUCCUGGUUCUCAUCUACGUUUCCACGAUCUUCUGCUACUACAUGAAAAAAUGGUUGUCGCCCCGUAAAACCAUGCCUUGAGAAAAUUUCCAACGUCGCUCGACGAAGGUGACAACGGGGGUAGGAACGUGAAGUAGCGGGAGUUCAAGCUAGAUCGGCGAAAAGGAAAAACGUUCCAAAAUUAAGCGCGAAAUCGCUCGGCUCGCGCGCGACGAAUCCGAAAGACGCGCGUUCGGAGCCAACGAGUCGUCGACGCGUGGAAAAUUUGCGUUUUCCACGCUAUUUGUUCGCGCGUUCCGAGAACAGAUGACCGGUGCGCUCGUUUUUUCCCGCGCGGAUGUUCCUCCUGCCGAUCGAUUUCGAAUUCGUCGCGAUGCGCUCGUCCGAGAGCGAUUUAACUAUAAAAAUCCAUAAACUUGGACUCCCUCGGGAAACUCGGUACUAGAAUUCGAGACGCGUUUGAGGCCCGAGAAAGAAGAAGGGAAAUCAAGGGCACAUUUAAGCAAAGAACAAAAUUCCGAGUAUCGCUCGCGAUAAUGUCGGAUGGGGCAUCGCGCAUUGUAAAAGUCACGAGUCGUUUGUGCAACGGCCCGAACGGCAUCUUUUCAUCGGUGAUGGUAAAACGCGCCGUCUCCCUCUGUCGUUGCGCGCUCGUAGAACGCUUUAAAUAUAAUUUGCGCGCGACGCUAGACGGUACAUAUCGCGGGUGACGACGGAAUCACGAGGCGUCGGACGCUCUUGUAAUGGGCAACCGGCAUCGCGAGUAUCGGGGAUUCGAUAGUUUUUUACGUGUACAACGAUAUCGGUAGUAGGCGUAUCAGUUUUUCGGAUCAUUUUACGGGACAAUAUCUCUUAAUGCGCAUACGUAUUUUUAUGUCUGACUUAUUCAUUUUUAUACAUACCUACUAUUUAUCGCGCGUAUCCGAUCUUUUAGAUCGCAUGGGACGAAGAUCGCAAGGAUCUCGCGUGCAAUAUCUCGUGGCGAGUCGCGGAAUGUUUUCUUUUUUCUCGAGGACGACGAAAACCUGGCGAAAUGCGUCUCGGUUCCUCGCAUCGAGAAAAAUCAAUCCUCGACCCGCGGACGACUACGUUCUUUUUCUUCGAAGGCCCAGGAGUCUCGCUUGGUUAAUGUUCGAAUCGAUUCGUCGAUCGGGUGAACUCUUCGAAGACCGAUCGAGAGAGCCGAACGUUCACCGAAGGAGAGCUCCACCUUAAAGUAAACACAGGGACUCCCUAACGAGAGGAAUACGUUGUAACUACACUUUAUUUAAAGACAUCAUAGACACAGCUAACUGUCUUCUUAUCCCAUAAAAGCUACUUCUGAUCGGGUUGCAAGGAGAGCUAAAUGGAAAGCGAGAAAUUAUCUUUUCAUAGUAUGCUUUCCGAUUUCGAAACGUCGUCGAACGGUGAAUAAACCGCCCCCAGACCCGGUUCCGAUUACUUUUAUGUUCAUCUUUCCCCAACGGAAAUCGACUUGUAACCCGUAUCGAGACUAGCAAUAUUUAAAGGUUCACGCUUCACUAACGUCUCUAACGAUACAAUUAGCGUUUAAGGUAGGAGAUAAAUGGAGCAUUUAAGCGUACGCGAAAGGAAUAGAAAGGAAGAACGAAUGGGCAACUAAAGAGAGUACUCAUUAAUCACUGAUGAACCGCAAGAAGCAAUCUUAUUUUUGAGAAUCGAUCGGUUAUUUCGUAUGUCUAUACUCUGUGCUAUCGUAUUUCGAUCGAUCGUUUCUAUCAGUUUGGUACCAUUAUUUUACUCGAAUAGGCCAUUUCAAGAUUUUUGCGAGCGAUGUGCGUUGAAACGUGACGUGGAUUUAUCCGAAUACGCUAUCGGUUCGGAGAAAUCCCAGUUGCGAUAAUAUCUCGAUGUUGCGGAAAUGUCACAGAAUUACGGAUGAUUCGAGAUUAAGCUUUAAUCGAGCGUGAUCUUGUAUCGAAGCGGAAAAUGAUGUUGACUGCAUUUAUCGGUACGAUUAAAACGGAUUUCGAAAGGAAGCCCCAAUUCAGCCCCUGCGUGGGUAGAAACGAGUAAAUCGAGUGUACAUAUUAUUGGAUCGGUAGACACUCGUUGUCAGAUAGAGACACGCAUACACGCAUCAAUAUCACACGUACUUGUACUCUAUUUAUGUACGCGAUCGUUUUAAUAAUUAAACAGAGAUCAAUUUUGAA